GGUUUGUUUACAUGUAAUCACUUCACUGCAGUAGCACCACCGCCACUCCGGUCGCUUCUUCUACGGCUGUUGUCGGCGAACCAUCAAAUCCAAGACGACGAAGGAAGAUAAAGACUGUUACUAUAUGCACUUCCGUAUUGUAGUUUGGUGGUUAUAACAUAAUUAAAUCAUUGCAAGUUCAUCAGGAUGAGUGUAUUAAACAAAAGAAAAAAACCGGAAUCAACAUCGACAGCUGGAAAUUUAGUCGAAGCAGAUCGGGCGGUACUCAAUAUUAUCAAAAGCAGAAAAGAAAUGGCGAUUUGGACACGUGACUUAAAGAAAGAAACUAGUUUACCGGAUACGAUAAUUAACAAGUCUAUUAAGAGCCUUUUGAAUUUAGCAUUGAUUAAAGAAGUAGCACAUAUCCAAUUCAAGGGGAGAAAACACUACAUUGCAGCAGAGUUUGAACCGUCAAAAGAAAUUACGGGUGGUUCGUGGUAUGUAGAUGGGAAUCUUGAUACUGCGUUUAUCGAUCAACUUAAAGAUCUUUGUUUAAAGAUUAUCACUAAGUUGACAGUUGCAACUGCUGAUGGGGUUUACGAUUUUUUUAAGACCAAUAGGCUGACUAAUACUGAUUGUACGAGCCAGCAGAUUGGCGAGAUAUUGAGGUCUAUGGUUUUGGAUAAUAUGAUUAUAGAUGUCAAGAGUACGGGAUUAGCAGAGUAUCAUUCGAUUCCUAUUGGUAAAGUAUGUUAUAGACGUCCACCAGGAGAUAUCAAUAAGGGUCCAAAAAUGGGAGCUCUGGUUUCGAUUCCUUGUGGUGUUUGUCCGAGGAUGAGGCAAUGCACACCUAAUGGUCUUAUCUCUCCGAGUACGUGUGUUUACUACACCAAAUGGUUAGAUUUUUGAUCACACUCCAUGGUUUGCCGAUAUGGCUACAUAGAGGUUCACUACGGCUUGAAUCGGAGUUCAUGCUUAUGUUGAUUGAUGGUUAGCCUGAAAGGUGUUGUUGCAGAGGGUCAGCCGAGUGUUGUAGAGAGGCUCACAGUGAAAUGUUUAAAAUAAAAAGUCAAAGAAACUGGUUACCUAGGUGACAUUUUAUAUUAGAUGUUCAAAUACCAACUAAACAGCAAUAACUUUGAAUUUUUACCUCUAUUAUGACGUUUUUGUAGUUUAUUACGUGUUGAUGCAAGCAAGAAAUUUUUUGGGA